CAGCUCCAAAACUAACCUACAAAAAAUGUUUACAUUUUGAAUCGUAAAAGAAGUGAAUUAUCGCUCGGAUUUGUCGAUAAAUUCGCGAGACAAAAACACAAUCUCACAGAGAUUUUUCGAAUUUUGUGCUAGAAGUGUGUUCCAGUUUUUCCUUCUUCCAAAGAGCAUCUUUUUGGGGGUGGGUUAUGUGAAAAUGAGCAUAUAUAGAGGCAGGACCAUUAAUGAGAUUUAUCUGGCUUCAAGACUCUACGACGCAAUUGAAGACUGCGAUUUGAGUUCUGUGAAAACCCUGUUAUCAAGAGGCGCCGACCCGAAUUUAAUCCUCCCCAAAGUGAAAAUCUCCCCAUUUCACUUAAUCAUCGGAAACGAUUCGCAAGAUUUCGCAUCGACAGUCGUCAGUCUCCUCCUCCAAAACGGGGGAAACCCCAAUAUUCGUGCCGAUGACGGUCUAACCCCCGUACACAUAGCGGCCGCUUGGGGCCGCUAUGACAUCCUCAAACUCCUCUUGGACUGCGGGGGAGACCCCGAAAUUCGAGAUUGCAACAACAAGACUGCUCUUCAUUACGCCCUAGAUGAGGGAUUCACCGAAUGCUACACUUUGCUCAAGUCUUACGUCACUGAUAAGGCCGGUGUUUUAUUCAAGGAGAAAGAAGACUGCAAAAAUUAUAACUUGAAAUUGGAUAAGAUAGUCGUCAACAAUGGUAGUACAAUCGGGGAGUACGAACUCAUCAAUGAGUCCAAACCUGCCAACAGUAUUAAUAAAAAUUCCCCUAAAUUGGACGAACUCCCCCAAGCCGACUCAAAGGAGUACAUAAUCAAUUGGUUCAAUAGCCACGUCCAAACCUCCCCCACUCCAACCCCUCCCACUACCGGAAGCACUUCCGGUUAUGACGACGACACCGAUUCGUUCAAAGAAUCCGACGAGGAGCGUUACAAUCACUUAAACAAUCGCAAUAUCGCUUUCCGGAAGGUUUACCGGAAGAAAUCCCCCAAAAAAAUCCCACUCAACAUCACCGGAGUUACAACAAUAGACGCCACUAGUGAUUACGUCUCAGGUACUUCCCCUGAGAUCCUCGAACGCAAUAUUUUCGAUUUUGAGGAGAAUAAAAGUCAGAUUAGUGUUUUGACCAAGUCGGAGGGGAUUAGUAGUGAGGAUUUGAGUUUUGUGAGCGUUUCUGAGGUUUAUAAGUACGUGGAUGAGGCCGAAGGGAUUGUUUUGUACGAGAGGAGGUUUUUGAAGUCGCCUGUGAGUGAUGGGAGUGUCAAGUCGUUUGUUUCCUCCAGGGAUUCAUUCCCGGAAACAAUUGAUUUUGAGGAUUAUGAUCCCGAGGCGAUUAGGAGGGAAUUGACGUGUUUGGGGUACAAUCCCGGGCCCAUUACGGUCACCACAAGGAGGGUCUAUUUGAAGAAGUUGAAACAGUUGAAGAAAGUACCACCAGUGGCCAAUCCGGUUGAUAAUAAGGCAGUUGCAAGAGUUUACUCCUCCGAGUUGGAGAAAACCCUGAAAAACCCCGACUGGUUGAAAAACAUCUCCUUGUACAAAACCCUCGACGAGGCCUUCACUCGGCAAUUCUCGGCCCCCGACCCUUCGAAAAAGUGGCGCGAGGGCACCAACAAGUCCUCCUUCACCUACCUGCUCCUCGACCCGCGCAUCACCAACAAUCUCCCCCUGAGGGCGGAGUCCCUCAAGCCCCGCGAAGUGUGGGAGACGUUCCUCGCGUCGGUGUUCUACGUGGGGAAGGGCAAGAGGGCGCGCCCCUACGACCAUCUCUACGACGCCGUGAAUCUGUGGAAUGGGGGCCAGAGGGGCGCCGAGUGUCGCAAAUUGGGGAAGAUCCUCGAUAUCUGGAGGGAUAAUUGCGGGGUGGUGUGUUUGCACCUCUUCCAGAAUAGCAUCCCCGUGGAGGCCUACACCAGGGAGGCGGCGAUGAUCGACGCGAUCAAAAUCGAGAAUUUGUGUAAUGUGAAUCGGGGGAACUUCUAUGGGGUGGUGGCGACCUGGGGGCAGAGGGAGAAAGACAAGUUUGGGGUUUUUCUACUCUACAAGGCAAUGGUGAUUUUUCUCAAUGAGGGGGAGAGGCAAUUGUGUCCCGCGGAUAUUAAUUAGGGUUGUCAGUUUUUUGACUAGUAUUUUUCAGUAUUUGACGAAAAUCACUUGUUUGACACUUUUUUUUCUACUAUUUGUUUUAUUUAUAUCAUUUUUUGUCUAGUCUAAUAGGAAAUAUCUUGCCCAAAUAAAAUUUUACUAUUUUACUUUGUCUUAAGUUUUUUUUUUAAAUAAAUUUACACAUGUUAAUAAAGUUUCUAUAUUGAUAAA